ACGACCAUCUAUUUUGCACAUUUGCGUGGACCAAGCAUUAUGUAAACAGGGUAGAAAAUGUCAGAGCCAGAAGAAAGUCUGGCAGCGCCGGAUAGCACUACGAGGGAACAGAAAUUGGGUUUCUCUCAUGGAGAUGAUGUUCUACUUCAACACAAAGAUGGAAAAUAUUAUCUUGGAACAGUUGUUGAGGUGGAUUUGGCAAGGGAGAAAUGCCUUGUCAAAUUUAUGGACAACACCUCCGCGUGGUCCUCUGUUAAGGAGCUGACAAAGCUUUCAAUGCCAGACUCUGAUGUUAUGUGCGUUCUUUGUAAAAAAUCUCAGCCCAAGACUGAUAAUGACAUUAUUGUUUGUGACAAAUGUGGUCGUGGUUAUCACCAACUUUGUCAUCAGCCUCAGAUAUUAAAAGAAGAAACUGCAGCUGAGGCACACUGGAUGUGUAAAAGAUGUGUAGAUAGUCAACCACGGACACGUGAAGUUAUAGAACCAAAAACUUCUAUGGUAAAGGCAAGUAUCAGAAAAGUUUGCAGUGGUAGGGACCAACCUCAGCCGCCACCAGAUGAUAUGACAAAGUUGCCGUAUGAUCCUAAUAUGUUAAAUUGGGAUGCACAUCAUAGAGUAAAUGCUGAACAAAUUUAUUGUUAUUGUGGACUUAAUGGUGAAUGGUAUACACAAAUGUUGCAAUGUGCUCGUUGCAAACAGUGGUUUCAUGAAAAAUGUGUCAGUUGCCUAACUUAUCCUUUAUACAGUGGAGAUAGGUUUUAUGUAUUUGUUUGUUCAAUGUGCAAUUAUGGCAAAGAAUUCGUACGGCGACUAGAAUUGAAAUGGGUAGAUCUGGUGCACCUGAUGUUGUACAAUUUGACUGUUUACAAUGCUAAAAAGUAUUAUGAUUUGGACACUGUUAUUGUACCUUAUGCCAAUGAUAACUGGAAUACUUUACAGCUUCCACCACGGAUCAGGGAUGUCAGUGCUCAAAUACGCAGAGAAUCUAUACUAGCAAUAUUGACAAAUAAUAGAAACAGGUUCAAAUGCGGCAGAGAAAUAAAGAAACGUACUACGAUAUGGGGUCUUAGAGUUAGGUUACCACCACCAUGUCCAAUUGUUAAUCUUCCAGCAACUGGUGUAAUAGAUGAUUCUGUGUUACGUAGAUGCUGGGGUGCUAAUAAAAGACUGCAAUAUCUUCCUCCACCUACAGGACCGAUAUCUUUACCAGAAAGUACAAAACAAUUAACUGCUUUAAAGCAAAGUACAGCGGAAAAUUUAGAAAUUCCAGUAAAUCCAUCAGAUGUGGUAAUGCGUGGAACAAUUUAUCAAAACUCAGAAGCAGAACAAAGUUCUUGUCCCAGUCCAAGUCCCCCAAGUCAGUCUACACAGUCUUUGAGAGAAAGAUAUAGUGGCGGUGGCUUUGUAAAAAAAUCAUUCCCAUUUCCCAAACUCAGUUUACAAAGAAGAAGACGUUUAAUGGCGUUAGGAAGUUCUCGUGAUAGAAUGUUACGUAAACAUAAAAAAAGAGAAAAAGGUGAUGGUGCUUUAAGUAAAGCUCAGGGUGUUCGAGAAGCUAGAUACAGGAAAGCAAGGAAAUUACUGAAGAAUGCUAUAGCCAAGAGUAAAUCUCGAAACUCGGAAACAUCUGAUUUACCGCCAACACCUCCAACUUCAGUUUCUGGCCCACCUACACCCCCAGCUACAACUUCGGGUAUAUCUGAACUAUCUGUGCCUAGUUCUGUGGAAUUGAUGCAUCCCUUACCACCGUCGACGCCUGCGGAUACAAGUGGGGAUGAAACUAGUUCAAGAGGAACUUUGGACUCCUUCAUUCCACCACCCAAAGACUUUGAAGGCAAGAAUAAUCCUUUUAGAAAUCUCAGUGAUUUAUUGGGUACACCCGGCAAUCUCAAUCAAACAAAUUCAAGUACCCCGUCACCGUACAAUCAAUGUCCAAUCACAUUACCUCUACCGCUUACUCCUGUUAUAUCUCAACCGCCGGUAGUGCGGCCAGCCAAAAGACAAUUAUCGGAAAAAGACAUUAUUAUAGACAGAAACGGGCAAGUAAAACGUAGACGUCAGCAUCGGAGAGGACGUCCGUCGCAACAGCAAAUACAACAACAGUAUCAACAUACUGCGAGUAAGACGGCAACCAUCUUACCGGCGCGUAAUAACGAAGUUAAAAGUGAGUUUGCAAGGAAUUUAAGAAGUUCGUUCAACGGUGCCUCAAGCAGUGCUAGUAGUCAAAUUGGAAAUUGUGUUGAUUAUGCCUUAAACGGGAGGAGACUGAGACAGCGUCAAAACAAUGACAAAUUACCGCCCCCAGAUCCGCAACCGCAGAAAAAAGGUAGCUUACCUUCAUCCCCAAAGUGUUCACCUGUUAAACAAAGUGCGCCCGACAUAUCUUUGGAUGAUUUAAAGUCAUCGGUGAACAUAUAUUUUGGAGCAGCUAAUAGAAUCGCUGCUGGUGAGAAGUUCGCCAUGAAAGCAAAGAGGGUAGGACCAAACGGUCAGACUCAAUACCUAAUCGAGUGGGAGGGACUUAAUACUUAA